UAUGAGGAGAUCUUUAGGUUCAAAAGAUGAUCUUCAAGUAGUUAAAGGAAUGAUUGAAGGCGAAGUUAAAUCCCUUCAAACAGAAUUAGCUAGAAUGAUAGGAAAGUUUAAAAGCUUAGAAUCAGUUCACACAGCUACUUUAGAACAAUUAAGCGAGUGUCGUAUUGAUGUAAAUCAAUCGGAAAAUUGUUUAAAGUUAUACGAAAAAGAAAUUAAUUCUUUACAAAGAAUUUACGAAAAUGAAGAAACAAAAAUUCUUAACUUAAAAGCUGAAAAUCAAGGACUUUUAGCUUUGUUUAAAAUAGCCAAUAACCUCUUAAAAAGUGGAAGAAAUGAUCAAGAAUCUCAAAAUUUAUUGAGUAAUUUAGAUGAGAAAAUUGCUAAAGAAUUACCCAACGGUAUUCAAAUAUAUUCAAAUAUAACAAAUCGUUUAAUUGGUAAUGAUAAUAUCAAUGCAAAAUUUCAAUCAGAAACGACUACAGCGUCUCUAACACAUUUUUUAUUAUAA